AUGGAGUUCUUAGUUAAGAAAGUGGAAAUUGAACUGAAAGGGAAGAACAUACAAAAGCCAGCUAACUUGUUAAACACGAUAAACGAAUGCAGGUACACAACUCUGGACAUUCUAGAGGAAAUCAAAGCUGACGUACCAGAAUUUAACAAUGACAAGGAAAUGUUUCGAAAAGCUAAUGCCUUGAAAGCUAGUGAAGUCAAUCAAGCUGAGUGGUUGUCCAAGAAGCGGGAUGCCCUGAUGGUGGUUGCAUCGCUCAUUGCAACCAUGGCUUUCCAAGCUGGGGUGAGCCCUCCUGGUGGUUUCUGGCAAGAAAAUUCAACCGACCAUAGAGGUGGGGAAGCUGUGAUGGCUUUUAACUACCCAGAUUCAUAUCCAUUGUUCCUUCAUGCCAACACAAUCGAAUUUGUGGCAUUAGUAAGCACAAUCUUGUUUCUGUUAACUGGAUGGCCCUUCAAGAAGUUCUUAAUGUGGAUCUUGGUUCUAAUAAUGUGGCUCACUAUUACAUCCAUGGCGUUUACUUAUGCCUUCUCCCUUCUCAAUUACUGUGAUCACCCUGAAAAAAGACAGGGAACCUCUCAGCGACACCGUUUUUAUAGCAAUGAUGCUUGGUGCAGUGUGAUGGCACUUCUUUUAGUAGCUCACACCAUUCGUUUGUUGAAUCAGUGGUUGAAGAUCAACCAGGAAAUAGAUGUAUAG